GAGAGCAAAUCGAAGCUUUUGUUUAAUGGCGGCUGGGUUCUUUCAAGCAGAGAUGUCAAUUUUAUCUUCUACCUUGGCGCGCUCAUACUCGAUUCCUUUCCGCAACACACUAAUGUCCUUCGAUUUUCGAAUUGCAAUGCAACGAAACCCUUUUACCAGAAUUCGAUGUUCUCGUGUAGCUGCUUUCAGCUCGUCUCCUUCGCAUUCACGAAACUUUCCAAUUCCAGGGCUAGAGGAUGUUUUUGUUGGUUAUCUCUUUGGAAGGAAAAAGGCAACAGAAGUAGCUCAUGUUGUGUGGGAGAAGGUAAUCCAAAAGGGGGAUAUGGUCAUUGAUGCUACAUGCGGUAACGGGAAUGAUACUUUAGCAAUGUUAAAGAUGGUUAUCGAUGAUUCUGGUGGCUGUGUUUAUGCAAUGGACAUCCAAAAAGAUGCCAUUGAGAGCACUUCCUCUUUGCUGGAUCAAAACCUUGGUUCAAAAGAGAAGGACUGCGUCAGACUCUUUAACAUCUGCCAUAGUAAAAUGGAAGAGAUUGUCCCUGAAAACACCCCUGUAAGGAUGGUUGCAUUCAAUCUCGGGUAUCUUCCAGGUGGCAACAAGUCAAUAAUCACCGUCUCAGAUACAACAUUAUUGGCAUUGAAGGCUGCUGAGAGAGUCUUAAUGCCUGGUGGCCUCAUCAGCUUGGUUGUUUACAUUGGCCACCCUGGUGGAAGGGAAGAAUUAGAAGUGGUUGAAGCUUUUGGGUCGGGUUUACCUGUCAGUGAUUGGGUCUGCUGCAAAUUCCAAAUGCUGAACAGACCGUUAGCUCCGGUUCUUGUUUUCAUCUUCAAAAGAGAGAACUAAAAAUGAUUAUUCAGAUCAACAGAAGCUUUGUAUGCAUCACCAUUCACUUGUACAUGAUAUGUUCUUAAUGCUUAAUCUGAGAGAUCAUUUUGUUGAUAUAUCAAUAUGUUUUUUUCUUUUUGA